GCAUGCGGCGGUAUCGUGUUGGCUGGCGGAGGGUCGGGUCACGGCCAUCCGGAGGACGGAGCAUUCAGCUCUCGCCACUCGUCCAAUGCCCCUGUAGGAGGAUUUCCUCCACGACAGCAGACGCCGACUCUCGUGAUCGCAUACGGAAAGCUUCCUUAAAAUUCCUUUGGAGCCCAUCAUGUCCUCGACGAUUCCUGUAGCUAGGCGCGCUCACCAGCACUCACUCUUAUCGAGCUCAUCCUUCGAAAGCCUACAAAAUCUCUCUCCCGUACCGCGAGCUGCACUCGUAUCCUUCUACAGAGCUACUGCGUAACCCAAAAUGGAAGGCUCCGACGUCUCGGAAAAAGCCGCCGAAGCCCCGAUGGGCAGCGGCCCUGACGACAACAUCGUGGAUUGGAACGGGCCAAACGAUCUUGAAAAUCCGCGUAAUUGGAAGGCCAGCAAGAGAUACCUGCACGCCAUUCUCCUAAGCAUGAUCACUCUAAAUGUCAACCUCGCUUCGACAAUGUUCGCUCCCGGAGCGCCGCUGUUGAUGAGAGACCUAAAUAACACGUCAGAAACGAUUGGUACGCUGACUGUAUCCAUCUACGUGCUUGGCUUCGCGCUGGGGCCUCUGGUUCUCUCGCCUCUCUCCGAAAUGUACGGCCGACUCAUCAUCUACCAAUCUACCAACUUCAUUUUCCUCGCUUUCAUGCUGGGGUGUGCUUUGAGCAAAGAUAUAACAGAGUUUCUUAUCUUCCGUUUCAUAUCUGGAUGCGCAGGCUCGGCACCCUUGACCAUCGGAGGAGGUACUCUCGCGGAUCUAUUUCCACAAGAAGAGCGUGGUAAAAUGAUGGGCCUCUUUGCGCUAGGACCACUUCUUGGGCCGGUGAUUGGGCCUAUUGCUGGGGGAUUUAUUGCAGAGGAUAUCGGCUGGAGGUGGACGUUUUGGGUUCUACUCAUCAUUUCUGGCGUUGUCAACGUCGUCGCCAUCGUUUUCAUGCGUGAGACGUACGCCCCAGUAAUCCUGGCCCGCAAGACUACCCGUCUUCAAAAAGAGACUAAAAACCCUGCGCUGCGCUCGAAGCUUGACACAGGCAUGCGGACCCAUCACCUCCUCGCGCAAUCGGUCCUACGGCCCUUGAAGUUAUUGCUAUUCUCACCAAUCGUUUUACUCCUCAGCCUUUAUGUCGCGUUCGCGUUCGGCCUCGUCUUCCUCCUCUUCACUACUUUCCCACUUGUUUUUAGUGAGCAAUACGACUUCGGCGCUGGCGUUAUCGGCCUCUCAUAUCUAGGUAUGGGGGUCGGGUUCUUUUUGGGCCUUAUCGUAUUUGCUACGUUCAGCGACAAGAUUCUCAAAGCAAAAGCAGCCAAAAAUGAACGCCCGGAAGCACCAAGUACCCCAUCACAAGGCGAUGAGGAGAGCAAGCCUGAAGAGGAGAACGCCAGCGCGCCUCCGAAAUACAAGCCGGAGCUAAGGCUUUUCCUGAUGGCUUGCCUUGCUCCCGUACUCCCAUUUGGAUUCUUCUGGUACGGCUGGUCAGCUGAAGAGAAGGUGCACUGGAUCGUUCCAAUCCUCGCUACAGGACUUAUAGGAAUUGGCCAACUCUUCAUCAUGAUGCCAGUCCAGACCUAUCUAAUCGAUGUUUUUGGAGACAGAGCAGCCGCUUCUGCUCUUGCUGCGAACACACUUCUUCGGUCGCUCUUCGGCUCUUUCCUACCAUUAGCAGGUCCCCAUCUAUACGACGCCCUAGGCCUGGGAUGGGGAAACAGCCUACUAGGCUUCAUCGGCCUCGCGUUUAUGCCUGUGCCUUACCUCUUCUACCACUACGGCGAGACGAUCAGGACAAAACACCCUGUUCAUCUGUAGAGUUGAACUUGCUGUGUUCCUUCAUGUCGGCUUUCUUUUUUUCGCACUCGCGAUGCCCGCUUCUCAUUUGCAUUUUAUACACGGCACAUCUCUUUUUGGUCUACUUUCUUAAGCUUCUCUACAAGCUAGAGUUAAGAGCAUAC